CUAAACAGCAACUAGAUAGAAUCAAAAUAUAUGACAGUAUUUUUAACCAUUUAAAGUUAUUAAUAUUAUUAUUUAUAAUUGUCUAAACUAAAAUGGAUAAUUAUUGCGUUGAACUGGAUCAGGAAACGGGACUGCACUGUACAUUGCUUUUAUUUACUAACGUCACAAAUAUCUCCAAAGUACGCGAGAAAAUCAUUAUCGGCAAACUGCAUUGUUGCGUGGUGAAGGCUUCACUUAUUAGCGAUGCGUUUCAAGCGGUGGUAGCUGCCAACAAAGCCGCCGUCAACGCUAAACAGAAUCGAUUGAUCACCAGGACUGUAUAUACAGAGAUUUUAUAUUGUCUGUCUAUGUCGAAAAACAUAUCACGUUCCUUGACUGAUUAUGGCAUUAGUAACAGCGAUAAAAAUAUUUUGGUGAUACUGAUACACAAGCUUGAUGAGGAGCAACCCAUAUUAGAGGUUUUAGGAAGUAUCAAAGGAGAGAGAAUACCUAUUUCAAGAAUACAAGAGUUUACAGAUGUAAAUCUUAUUAAGAAGACUUAUAAGAUUGACGAAGAUGAACUGUGUGUCUCUAGUCUUACCGAUGCUAUUGUAUCAAGAAUUAGUAGUAAAGAAUUCAUGUCAAUAAAGUGAAGAUUGGAAAGAAGAGAAAUCUGUAUAUGUAAAUUUUAAUCUAUAUAUGUUAAAGAUAAAAGAAAUUUGAUUUUAAAUAUAUUAUUCAAGUAAA